UUUUUUUUGCUUAGUAGAGACAUGAUUCUUUUAUGUUAUAUCAUUUUCGUACAGCUAAUGUUUGGACAAAACCAAGAUCAUACAAUGUGAUGCGACGUACGUUGACCUGGGUGAUCUUGCUGAGUCUGUGAGGCCACUCGGUAAAAUGUCGAAGAAUGUAGUUGCGUGUGGGAUUGACUUCAUCAACAGGCAUAUGGAUAUUUGUCCCAACAAAACAAUCAUGCAUUACAGUGUGACCUGCAAAAUAUGGGAUGGUGACUUCCACCAUAAAAUCCCGAGGAAGCAUUUUGCUGCGCAUGGUGAAUUCAAGCUCACAAUGAAGAAAUGUGUACUGUUCCCCAUGUUCCAGGAGCUUGCACCACGCAACCCACAUGACAAGUGUGGUCACCACUACGCGAUUUGCCUUGACCUGAAGAACCAACGAUUUGAGGUGCUAGAUUCAAUGCGUUCAGAAGCUGAUGCAGACCUUACUACGCAUGCUGAAUUCUUCAUCAACAACCUCAAAGAGACAUGGAACCGUCACUAUGAAAACUCAAGGGUCCAGAUCGGUCAUUUCCCAGUCGAGUACGUCGCGACUACGAAGCAAGGAAACCGGUAAUUACUAUCUUUUUACAUGUGUCCUCCACACCAAUCCCAAACCUUUUUUGUCACCUCUGCAUUGAAGUUUAUGAUUUUUUCUGUUCUCUUUAGUUGACCUGAUUCUUUUCUUUAUAGGCAUGACUGUGGCUUUCACAUGUUGGAAUACCUUGCAAAGUGGGAAGGUCGAUGGGUCCAUGUCGUCACAGCUGCAAUGGUCGUCGAGCUCUGGAAAAUAUACACAUGGAACUAGCUGAUGAAUGAAAAUUUCAACACGCGGGCCAACGCACGAGAGUUCAUAGAGGAAGCUGUUAAGAAAGCCAACAAGAAGUACAAGUGAUCACGUGGUGCUCCGUACUGCAUGCCUACCUUACAUUCUGUGGCUGAGGAAUGUAAGGUAUCAACUUGUUCUUUUAAAACUAUGUCCGUGUACUAUGUUAUGACUGCAUCUGCCCAUAGCCUAGUAUAUAGUGCUGGCGUGUGAGUGACAUUGAAUAUUUGUAAUAUAUGUGUGGAUGUGAACCUACUUAGGUGUGACAACAGCUACGUUUAUGUUUCAGUAUUAUUAUGUGUUCGUGGUUGGUAGUACCAGUUGGGUGUUUUUGAAUGUGUCUAUGAUGCCUGAAAACAUGGCAAAUGUAGUUGAUCCGACACGGUUAGUGAAAGUUAUCGUUCUUUUCGUUUGGCUUUUGGUUUUUUUGCAUUGCUAACUGUAUCGGUUAGCAUGGUAGUUCAUAAGCAGUUGUUACCUUGCAUUUUUUGCACGCGAUCGUUUCAACUAGUUUUUCAUAGUAUGCACACAAUACAAUAUAUGUGUAAUAAAAUGCGUUGACUGAAAACGGAAAUCUACAUGAUGGCAGAUUUAGUAUAAAUAACAUGGUAGAUUCAGUAGAAAUAACAUGGCAGAUUCAGUAGAAAUAACAUGGCAGAUUCAGUAGAAAUAAGAUGGCAGAUUCAGUAGAA